GUCACUUCUGGAGUAGAUAAGUAGGUGGGACGAAAUGAUGUUAAGCAGUUGCAUUUCUGGUCUAAAAUUAAAUGGGUUUUCUCACCUAAAUUCUCAUGUAAAGCUUAAUAGGGGCUUCUUUACAGAGACCUAGAGCGGCAUCUCUCUCUGCAAUACAGAUUUGUAGCCAAUAGCGGCGGCCUCUUUUUAACAGAAUUUCCGGUUUUGAGACCUCAUCUUUUGUUAUCUCUAUGAGAACAAAGCCGUCGCUAUACGCCUGACUUCCUGUAGGGGUUCUACUUCCGGCAUUGUGACUGCCAAAAGAAGAAAAAUCCUCUGUGGUCCUGUUGCCCUGCAGUUGAUCUGCCAUGACGAGUUCCGGGCCGCCGAGCCGUUUCUUGACUAGCGUCUUGCGGAACGGAAUGGGCCGCUACGUGUGCCAGCUCCAGCGGCUCACCUUGACCCUCAGCCGGGAUGCGCCGAGUGCGCGGGGCGUUAGAGAGUAUAUUGAAGAAAAGGUGGUGGACUUUGCCAGGCAAAACCCUGGGAUUGUGUUAUAUGUGUGUCCAAAGAAGAGCAGAGUUCCAACAGUAGUGGCUGAAUAUUUGAAUGGGGCUGUGGAAGAGAAACCCUUAACCAGCAAGACAGCAGAUGAGGUUGCAGAGAUCAUCCAGACGUUGGCUAAUCAGUCUGGCCUAGAGAUUAUACGUAUUCGAAAGCCUUUUCAUACAGAUAGCCCUAGUAUCCAAGGCCAGUGGCAUCCUUUCACAAACAAGCCCAGUGUGCUCAAUGUGCAAGAAACUGGUCAGCAGUGUCUUUCAUCCCCACAAAAAUAAAUCUGUACUGAUAUGAAAUGAA